CAUGCAUAUGUGUGUAUGUUUGUGCAUGUAUAUAUGUAUGUGUGUUUGUGUGUGUGUACACGCACCUGCUGACUGACACUCAUGUUGGCACACUGGCCUGUGCAGGUAUGUGAUUUUUUUCUGCUGUUUUUUUUUUUUUUUCUUUUUCAGUAGCUUCUUCCUCCAGGUUUUUUGAGGCAGGGUCUGCCUUUGAUCUCAGAGCUCUUUGUGGAACCCAUCAGGCUGUCUGGCUUCUGAGCUCCCCGUGCUCAUGGGGCCGAUGCAAGCUUCCAUAUCCAGGUCCUCCUGGUUGAGCCCCACUUAACUCUCCAGCUGUGCAGUGAGGAUGAUUCACGGAUAUCCCUCUUAGCUCUGUUUCCUGCUGAGCUGCAGAUUUAUAUUCCCCACAGCAUACUAAAAGUGUCCAUAGACAACCGUGGUUCCUCGUAUCUAAACCCAGACUAUUGUCUUUUCCUCUGGGACCUCUGGUAUUUGCUGUCCCAUUUUGACAUUAGUGGCCACUAUUGAAGCCAGAGUUUCCUUUGACAUAGCCUCCGGCCUCAAUCAUGUUUAAUUUGUCAGCUCAUCCUCUUGUGAGGCUUAGAUGGCAUCAGAGGCCUCUCGUAAAGUUGGCUGUGGGGCUACAUGCCGGGGCAUCAACUGCAGAUGUGCAUGCUCUGCGGAAACACCGAAUAAACACUUACUGAGUGAGAAUCGGGACCUUUGCUCUGGGAACAGUUUGUAUCAGCGUGCUCCUGUGACCAGGCUCCCGUGGUCUGAUGGGAAAUGUCUCUGACAGGCUCUCUGGGCACUUGCUCCUCAGCCGGUGGCAUUAUCUCGGAAUGCUUGGGAGGCUGGGGCCUAGCUGCAACAGUGGGUGUCUGGAGUCUGGCCUGCUCUGCUUGGCCACCUUCACAGUGUAGGCCAUGCUUGCUGCUGGGCCUGCUGGCAGUGACAGACUCUGUACCUCCAAGUAGGAACCAGAAUGGAUCCCUUCUGGAAGGUGUUUCUUACCUCCCCCCACAGGAACUGCUGUCUGCGUCCUCGUCAGCCUUGCAGAAUGAUCACCUGUCUUCUUUAUUUACAGCGUGCUCUCAAUUCUGAUCCACCCUAAGGCACCGUAUAAUGCCUGCUAAUCAGGUCCCAGUGUUGCCUAUAAGCCAGACAUUGAGUCAAAGAGGUGUGAAUAAUAGCAUCAUUUUAUAAAUUAAUUCUCAAAAGUAACAUUUCUAGACGACUUUAUGAUCAGAUGUUUUAAGAAACCGCUUUCUUUCAUUCUCUUUCUCUCCCCUCCUCCAUCCUUCCCUUUUUGGCACUGGGUCUUGCAGUAGAACCCACACUGGCCUAAUGGACCUACCCUACAGUGACCUCAGGACUUUCAGUUUCGAAUGUAGGGGUUGUAGGCACCACGUGCCACCAUGUGCCACCAUGUGCAGAGAAAGGUGGUUCCCAGCUUUUCUGGGGGGAAAAAUGAUUUCAACUCAUUCUGAGAAGAUUUGCAUGAAUUUUGGUUUUCUUUGUUUCUGAUCUGUCAAUCCUGUCUUUUCAAACCCUUUUAACAAGUGAAAGAGUUUUGUUCCUAGGGAAUACUCAACAAGACAGGGUGGGACGUUCUACUUUCAGAGCUUCUCAGGGCUUUAAUGGACUGAAAGUGGAGAUGAGGCUUCCCCCCCACCCUUUUACCUGUGUAGAUAGGUGUGUAUUUGUGGAGGUCAGAGCUAAGAUUACAGGGCUGUGCUGGAAAUCUCAGCUCAGUUCCCCGUGCUCAAAUGGCAAGCAUCUUGCCCACUGAGCCACCACCCAGCCCAGGUAUGACUUCUUUUUUUUUUUAUUAGGUAUUUUCCUCAUUUACAUUUUCAAUGCUAUCCCAAAGGUCCCCCAUACCCACCCCCCCAAUCCCCUACCCACCCACUCCCCCUUUUUGGCCCUGGCGUUCCCCUGUACUGGGGCAUAUAAAGUUUGCAAGUCCAAUGGGCCUCUCUUUGCAGUGAUGGCCGACUAGGCCAUCUUUUGAUACAUAUGCAGCUAAAGACAAGAGCUCCCGGGUACUGGUUAGUUCAUAAUGUUGUUCCACCUAUAGGGUUGCAGUUCCCUAUAGCUCCUUGGGUAAUUUCUCUAGCUCCUCCAUUAGGGGCCGUGUGACCCAUCCAAUAGCUGACUGUGAUCAUCCACUUCUGUGUUUGCUAGGCCCCGGCAUAGUCUCACAAGAGAGAGCUAUAACUGGGUCCUUUCAGCGAAAUCUUGCUAGUGUAUGCAAUGGUGUCAGCAUUUGGAAGCUGAUUAUGGGGUGGAUCCCUGCAUAUGGCAGUCACUAGAUGGUCCAUCCUUUCGUCACAGCUCCAAAUUUUGUCUCUGUAACUCCUUCUAUGGGUGUUUUGUUCCCAUUUCUAAGAAAGGGUAAAGUGUCCACACUUUGGUCUUCGUUCUUCUUGAAUUUCAUGCGUUUGGCAAGUUGUAUCUUAUAUCUUGGGUAUCCUAAGUUUCUGGGCUAUUAUCCGCUUAUCAGUGAGUACAUAUUGUGCGAGUUCCUUUGUGAUUGGGUUACUUCACUCAGGAUGAUACCCUCCAGGUCCAUCCAUUUGCCUAGGAAUUUCAUAAAUUCAUUUUUUUAAUAGCUGAGUAGUAUUCCAUUGUGUAAAUGUACCACAUUUUCUGUAUCCAUUCCUCUGUUGAGGGGCAUCUGGGUUCUUUCCAGCUUCUGGCUAUUAUAAACAAGGCUGCUAUGAACAUAGUGGAGCAUGUGUCCUUCUUACCGGUUGGGACAUCUUCUGGAUAUAUGCCCAGGAGAGGUAUUGCGGGAUCCUCCGGUAGUACUAUGUCCAAUUUUCUGAGGAACUGCCAGACUGAUUUCCAGAGUGGUUGUACAAGCUUGCAAUCCCACCAACAAUGGAGGAGUGUUCCCCUUUCUCCACAUCCUCGCCAACAUCUGCUGUCACCUGAGUUUUUGAUCUUAGCCAUUCUGACUGGAGUGAAGUGGAAUCUCAGUGUUGUUUUGAUUUGCAUUUCAGGUAUGACUUCUUAAAAAAUGUAAUCCAGGUAUUAAAUAUCCAUAACAAAUAAUGGCAACUAUUCUCCUUUCUAAAUUUAAUUUUAAAAUUAAAAUUUAGUUUGCAUGACUGUCUUAGUUUGUUUUUUACUUCUCUAAACAGACACCACCAUGACUAAGGCAACUCUUAUAAGGACAAUAUUUAAUUGGGGCUGGCUUACAGGUUCAAAGGUUCAGUCCAUUAUCAUCAAGGCAGGAACAUGGUGACGUUCAGGCAGGCAUGGUGCAGGAGGAGCUGAGAGUUCUACAUCUUCAUCUGAAGGCUUCUAGGAGGAUACUGGCUUCUAGGCAGCUAGGAUGAGGAUCAUAAAGCCCACACCCACAGCGGCACACCUCCUAAUAGUGCCAGUCCCCGGGCCAAGUAUAUACAAACCAUCACUGUGUCUUUCUUUCUUUCUUUCUUUCUUUCUUUCUUUCUUUCUUUCUUCCUUCCUUCCUUCCUUCCUUCCUUCCUUCCUUCCUUUCUUUCUUUCUUUCUUUCUUUCUUUCUUUCUUUCUUUCUUUCUUUCUUAGUUUUGGAGUCUACAUGACUGUUCUUGGAAGGAGCCUCCCUUCUUUCCACAUUUCUCCCAUAUUCUUUUCCCUCCUCUCCACACUAAAUUACAUGAAACUCUUUUCCCUACUUUCCUCUCUAAAGUAUCUUACUGUAUUCCUUUUUAAAAAAGAUUUAUUUGUUUGUUUGUUUGUUUGUUUUAUGUGUGUGAGCACACUGUAGCUGUCUUCAGACACACCAGAAGAGGGCAUCGGAUCCCAGUACAGAUGGUUGUGAACCACCAUGUGGUUUUUGGGAAUUGAACUCAGGACCUUUGGAGGAGUAGUCAGUGCUCUUCAUGGCUGAGCCACCUCUCCAGCGCACUGCAUUCCUAAAACAGGGCAUUUGAUUUUACAAACGUGCUUCUGCAGGAGAGGAUCUAGGAAACCCUUUUUAAAGGGCAUUUAUCAAGUCCUACACUGAGGACUUGGAGACAAGGGUGGAUGUAAAAGUUCUCCCUGCUCUAAGCAUGGACAUGGUUUGACGGACAUGCAAGGUUGUCAUCCCAAUUGGCCGCAGACAUACUUGUCCACAAGGUCACUGUCCAUGUUGUGGUCGAAGCGUAAAGCACUGUCAUAGCUCUGCCCCAACACUUUGCAGUUCAGGCUGUCGCCCUGUGUCUGAGCGUUUGAACACAGCAGAAUUAGAUCUUGACAUUGUGACCAUCAGUAUCUCUACACUGUCACAUCAACAGGGGAUGGACUGGACUCUACCUUAGUGACUCUUUGUGCCUUUAGCCCAAAUCAACUGUUUCAGUUUAGCAUCCAUUUGAGCUAAGUUACCAUCAGCCAGGAAGAGCCAUGUCUAGCCUUGAUAGCCUGGGGUUUUCCUUUACUGGCCAUUCUGUCUUUACUGCAAGGUUCCUGCCUACUCUAAUUUUCUGGGUACAUCACUGAGGCAGAGUUCUUAUUCUGGUUUACCAAUCUAUCUUUGCGUUUGUCUCCUCAGUACACUCUCACUGUCCCUCCAGCUGGCUGUCACCCUGGUCUUCCCUCCCUGGGUGGUACUGCUGGAAAAUUUUCACAUGGACUAGUUUCCGGUACAUGCUCAGGCUGAUAGAACGGUUGGUUGGGAUCAUUUCCACAUCUGACAGGCCUCAAAGCACUCGUUAGCUCUUCUGAGAUGCCAUUAGCUGCUAACGUGUAGCUAGGUGUAGGCUUUUGCACACUUAUACUGGUUUAAAGGGACAGCCUGAGCUUUUCCAGAGGAAAGGCAUGUCUAGAUUUUUUGAGAGAAAGGCAGCCUCUCUGUGGAAGAUGGGUGCUCUCCUAGAAGCUGAGCAUCAGUCGCAUAGGUAGCAUGUAUGCAGACCCUCACACUGACUCGCCUGUGGUGUGUGUUUGGUGGAAACAUGGAGGUUUAGAGCAGGCUCCUGGGGACAGGGCCUGUAUCUACUCAUGUGUCUACCUUCUACCGGGGAGGCAGCCUUAGCCUGCUACCAGCUUACUGUAAACUUGAGCUGAGAAGUAGGGGUGUAAAUCCUCCCCACUCCAGACUUCCUGCGGGUAGAAUAUUUUGGGCUUAAUCUUAACUCCUAGGAGUCCUGCUCAGAAAUUUAAAAACCGUUUUCGUCUUUAUCUUAAACCACGAGUGGCAAGUUUGUGGUUCGAUUUCUUUAAGUAACUUGGAAUGCCUACCUCAGUGGUGGUCUUGGGGGACCAGUGCAAGGGGCCUUUGAUAGGUGCAAAUAAUGAACCCUGGAAGCCAUCCCUUUGAAGCCCUGUGGCCCCUCAGGCUGCUAAAUGCAGGAGCAGUAAGAGACCCCAGCAUACAUCACGCCAGGGUUAGUACAGGACCCUGGAUGAAGCCUCUUUCUGUGGGAUGUGCCUGUGGGUAACAAAAACAUGUUGAUGUGCAUUUGUGAGAGACAAGCGCAAGUACUACAAGACCUUCGUCCUCUCCCUCUGCUUUUCUCCUUUGCCAUAGUGACAGAAACGUUUUCUGGAGUUGUUUCUUCCAUAACCUCAGGGAUGCCACUCGGUGACUUCCGCAUAAGACUCAGCUUUUUAAAACAAUGCCAGAAGAAUGUUUAUAGCCUAUUAAUCUAUUCCUGUAUUUGACAAGUGUUGAGAAGGAACUCUGCAUACGUCCUUACCUCAUAAACAUUUAUCUAAGCACAACAGGCAGGGCAUGAAGGACAUUUUUGCAAGGAGUGUCCGUGGAUCGGGGAUGUUAGAAGGAUGCUGGCUAUUUACAGUACAGAGUUACUGCCUUCUCAGGAAGUGUCACAUGGGCAUGGGAGGUUUGUGCAGAAACAAAAGAGAGAAAGGAAAGCCCCCCAGCCAUAACUGAGGCAGGAGCAGAGAGGCUGCUAAGAAGCUCCUCCGUCCGCACUUGCCGUGAAGUGUGGAUUCCGGGGCAUGUCUGAGAUCUCAUGGAGCUGGGCGGUUUCCAGCAGGCACAGCUGUGCUUCGGCUUUCCCAGCCCCUCUGCUACCACACAAGGUUUGACGGAUGAAAAGGUGAAGGCCUAUCUUUCUCUCCAUCCCCAGGUAUUAGAUGAAUUUGUUUCUGAAAGUGUUAGUGCAGAGACUGUGGAAAAGUGGCUGAAGAGGAAAACCAACAAAGCAAAAGAUGAACCAUCUCCCAAGGAAGUCAGCAGGUACCAGGAUACGAAUAUGCAGGGAGUCGUGUACGAGCUGAACAGCUACAUAGAGCAGCGCCUGGACACGGGCGGGGACAACCACCUGCUCCUCUAUGAGCUCAGCAGCAUCAUCAGGAUAGCCACAAAAGCCGACGGAUUUGCACUGUACUUCCUUGGAGAGUGCAAUAAUAGCCUGUGUGUGUUCAUACCACCCGGGAUGAAGGAAGGCCAACCCCGGCUCAUCCCUGCAGGGCCCAUCACCCAGGGUACCACCAUCUCUGCCUACGUGGCCAAGUCUAGGAAGACGUUGUUGGUAGAGGAUAUCCUUGGGGAUGAGCGAUUUCCUCGAGGUACUGGCCUGGAAUCAGGAACCCGCAUCCAGUCUGUUCUUUGCUUGCCCAUUGUCACUGCCAUUGGAGACUUGAUUGGCAUCCUUGAACUGUACAGGCACUGGGGCAAAGAGGCCUUCUGCCUCAGCCAUCAGGAGGUUGCAACAGCCAAUCUUGCUUGGGCUUCCGUAGCAAUACACCAGGUGCAGGUGUGUAGAGGUCUCGCCAAACAGACCGAACUGAAUGACUUCCUACUCGACGUAUCAAAGACAUACUUUGAUAACAUAGUUGCCAUAGACUCUCUACUUGAACACAUCAUGAUAUAUGCAAAAAAUCUAGUGAACGCCGACCGCUGCGCGCUCUUCCAGGUGGACCACAAGAACAAGGAGCUGUACUCGGACCUGUUUGACAUUGGGGAGGAGAAGGAGGGGAAGCCCAUCUUCAAGAAGACCAAGGAGAUCAGAUUUUCCAUUGAGAAAGGGAUUGCUGGUCAAGUGGCAAGAACAGGCGAAGUCUUGAACAUUCCCGAUGCCUACGCGGACCCUCGCUUUAACAGGGAGGUGGACCUGUACACAGGCUACACCACGAGGAACAUUCUGUGUAUGCCCAUAGUGAGCCGAGGCAGCGUGAUUGGCGUGGUGCAGAUGGUGAACAAGAUCAGCGGUAGCGCCUUCUCCAAGACAGACGAGAACAACUUCAAGAUGUUUGCUGUCUUCUGCGCACUGGCCUUGCACUGUGCUAACAUGUACCACAGGAUCCGCCACUCAGAAUGCAUCUACAGGGUUACCAUGGAGAAGCUUUCCUACCACAGCAUCUGCACCUCCGAGGAGUGGCAAGGCCUCAUGCGCUUCAACCUACCAGCACGCAUCUGCCGGGACAUCGAGCUAUUCCACUUUGACAUUGGUCCUUUCGAGAACAUGUGGCCUGGGAUCUUUGUCUACAUGAUCCAUCGGUCUUGUGGGACAUCCUGUUUUGAACUUGAAAAAUUGUGCCGUUUUAUCAUGUCUGUGAAGAAGAACUAUCGGCGGGUUCCUUACCACAACUGGAAGCAUGCAGUCACGGUGGCACACUGCAUGUAUGCCAUACUUCAAAACAACAAUGGCCUCUUCACAGACCUCGAGCGCAAAGGCCUGCUAAUUGCGUGUCUGUGCCAUGACCUGGACCACAGGGGCUUCAGUAACAGCUACCUGCAGAAGUUCGACCACCCCCUGGCGGCGCUGUACUCCACCUCCACCAUGGAGCAACACCACUUCUCCCAGACGGUGUCCAUCCUUCAGCUGGAAGGGCACAAUAUCUUCUCCACCCUGAGCUCCAGCGAGUACGAGCAGGUGCUGGAGAUCAUCCGCAAAGCCAUCAUCGCCACCGACCUCGCCCUAUACUUUGGGAACAGGAAGCAGUUGGAGGAGAUGUACCAGACAGGGUCGCUGAACCUCCACAACCAGUCCCAUCGAGACCGUGUCAUCGGCUUGAUGAUGACUGCCUGUGAUCUUUGCUCUGUGACCAAACUAUGGCCAGUUACAAAAUUGACAGCGAAUGAUAUAUAUGCAGAAUUCUGGGCUGAGGGUGAUGAGAUGAAGAAGCUGGGCAUACAGCCCAUUCCUAUGAUGGACAGAGACAAGCGAGAUGAAGUCCCUCAAGGGCAGCUCGGAUUCUACAAUGCUGUGGCCAUUCCCUGCUAUACCACCUUGACGCAGAUCCUCCCACCCACAGAGCCUCUGCUGAAGGCCUGCAGGGAUAACCUCAAUCAGUGGGAGAAGGUAAUUCGCGGGGAAGAGACAGCAAUGUGGAUUUCAGGCCCAGGCCCGGCGCCUAGCAAGAGCACACCUGAGAAGCUGAACGUGAAGGUUGAAGACUGAUCCUGAAGUGACGUCCUGAUGUCUGCCCAGCAACCGACUCAACCUGCUUCUGUGACUUCGUUCUUUUUGUUUUCAAGGGGUGAAAACCCCCUGUCAGAAGGUACCGUCGCAUAUCCAUGUGAAGCAGACGACUCCCUGCUUGCCGCACACACCUCGGACAGUGAGCAACCCAGGCUCUGCCGUGUUCAGACGUCGGCUACUCCGUGGCUCCACCUGACCUCCGAAUGCUAUUUGCUCCCAGGCCAGCACUGCACUGUCUGGAGGGGGCAGAGACCACAGGAGAGGUUCUUGCCUGCAUCCUCCCAUGAGGGUGUGGCCAGUUCCCUGGUUCUGUGCCAUGCUGCUGCUUGGUGGCAUUGGUUAGGAAUGGGACACACGCCCCUUGUUGUGAAGUUUACAUGUGACCUUCUUAUAGGUUAACUGAGUUUGUGGCCUGGGACACAUGUAAUGAAGGUCACAGUCCACAGGUGACAGAGAAAUCCAAACUGUUGAUUACAGGUGCACUACAGGUAUGCUCUUUCAGUCUAUCUGGGGGCACAUAGGUGAGUCUGCUCCACUCAGAAGGAAGCAUACCUCUGCCCUCAUCCAGGGGACACAGGGUACAUCCCAGGCAUCGGGGAACUGAAGCUCUCACUUCAAACCAUGUCAAAGAAUUAAAACACCUCCCCUCCCCCUCACUGUAGCCUUCGGCAACUGCGCCAAUCCCUUUAUACAAAGAAAAUAAAAGUAAGGCAUAUAAAUUUCCUCCAGCAAGCAAAUCUUGUGGGUAAAAAAAAAAAUGUGAAUUUUAACAACCUCUAUAUUUUCACUGUAUGUUAUGGCAGAAUUUUAGUCACGUCCAAAACAAAAGAUUAUUCCAGAAGAUACCUCAUCCUAUGCCUGAAAGGCUCCACAGCAUGGCGUCCGUCUCCCAGGGUUCUGAUCCGUCUCCUCACGGUGCAAUCAGGCAGGACAGGAGGAGGUGCAGGGCUACCACAUUGACCCAGAUGGUAUCUCCUCUCACCAUUCAGACAUCCAUAAGGAAUGCCAAAUGCUGUAUUGAAUAGUUCUCCUGUGUGACUUUCUAGAGAAGCCAGGACACCCCUGAGCCUUUCCUGGGAACUCCUAAGGAAGUCACAGGUUCACACCGUGGGGAUUUUCAGGAUAGCAUGGAGACCAGAGAAUCCCGGUUCGGUUGUUCUCACUCGGUGAGCCUUGAGAAGGAAGAGACUGACCAGAAACACUCACUCAGCACUCUGGCAGGAGCAGGAGAAGAUACUUUAAGAUGAAUCUUUGGGAUAGAUUUUGAUACACCCAAUACCAUACACACAGGAGCUUGGCAUUUGCAAAGUCUAUUCAGUUUCCUUCCACACUCUGACCCACGGUUGUAGCGGAGUGGGCUGAACACUGUAACACUGUACAUGCGAUUUCCCCAUGGGCUUCUAAAAUGUCACCAUCUCCUCCCCUGCUGUGUCCUACUCCAUUUACUGGUUACAAGGUGAUGUCAACAAGAGAAGCUAUCACAACACCAGGGCUGUGCACACGUGCACACACAUGUAUGCACAAGCACACAGAUGUAUGUACAGCACACACACACACACACACCCCAAAAGGAGAGAAAAGGAAGAAAACAUUUAUAAAAAGCGACAGCUACCCCCAUAUUCAAAAAUAGUUCUUUUCCCUGUAGGGAAACAGGUAGCUCUCCAUAAGGAAAUUAUCAUGAGUGUGUUCUCCCAUCAGUGCACUUCUCCCAGGGGUGCUCACUGAAGCUGGUCCACGUCUAUAAACAGGUGACACUGGCUGCAGCAAAAAGCCAUUCGAUCCACACAAAUUGAUCUUCUAUCAUCUUGGAAUCUGAAUUGCAGGGAGGAGCAGCAUGUAAGACGACCGUUUAAUUCAGGCAUUCCGAAGGCAUGAGCGCAUGGAUUCUGUCACCAAGCGUAUAAAAGGACCCUGGCAUUGGGAAACCUAUGACGGACUGUUUUUGCUGUAGAAGUAGGGAUUUUACAGAAGUCUCCUUGAAUUUGCCCUGCCUGGGGCAGUUUUGCAGAGGAACCUGCCAGAGAUUUAUUGGCUGGUCAGUCUCUUGUGAAAUAGUAUCAUGUGAGAAACAGUUUGUAGAAAAAAACUAUACCUGGGAAGACCUUUGCAACAUUGUUCCUUCCAUGGGCCAAGACUCAGUUAGGAGGCAUAAAUCUGCCCGGAAUAAACUAGGCCAGGAUACAGCCAUGUUUAGUUAAUAAUUUGGUUUUAGAAUUCACACAGGCAGGAUUGGUUUUUUUGUGUCUUGGCAAGUGGAGCAUAUUUAACAUACAGGCAUGGGAAUCCUGCCUCUUAGCUUUUCCCACCCUCUUGUCUCACCAAGUUUUUUCUCUCCAAAGGUUUCCAGGAAUUUCUCAUUAAUGGCUGAUGCAAACUUAGUGAAUAAUAAUGAAUAUAAACAAUGCUCACCUCACCAAAAUUAUAUUAUUUGCAGUCAUUUGUGAUAACACAAAUUUUAUCGCAAUGGUUAUUAUUUAAUUUGUGGCCACACACUGUGGUUAUCUUUUGUUGUGGUUGUUUCUGAGAAAAUGUUCUUGGAUAUGUAAGUGCCAAUACCAGUGUGAAGUAUUGAUCCCGGGCAGCAAAAUACAGCCUAAGGUUUGUAAACAUCAAUUCUAUCUCAGUUCAUCAGAGGGCCUGAGAAGCUGCGGGGCAGUGUAAAGUAAAGUAUGCUGGGCUGGUGGUGGUCAGCCUUCCCCUUGCCAAGAAGAGAGCAAUUGAAUCCUGUCCCCAGCUCCCUCCAGCCUGAAGAGUGACCAGUGCUGGCCCGACGGAUCGCUGAGAUAUUCUCCCAUAAUGGCAAAAAAUAGGCAGUUUGAUGUGACCUGUUUAGUGUGGCUCUCCUCUUUUGAGCAUGUGUUAGCAUUUUUAUUUUAUACUCAUCCAGUGAACUCUGCUCUUCCAAGUGUGUUCAUGUAUGUGCUAGAUAUAUUAGCACAGCCUGCCUUCUGCUGCACAACGCCUUAGAGACCCGGCCUUUCAAUGAGCUUAGCUUGUGCUCUGUUUCUGCUCUCUUAGGUCUAAACUAUGGUGUCAGUUUUAAUAGAACAAAAGUAUGCAUCUUGCCUUGGCUUGAGCCUUUUCGUUUUCAAUGCUGACUUCUCCCCUUUCUCUCCUGUGCUCACCUUACCUUUCCAGAGUGUAAGGGACAACUUUUAAGGAGGCGUGUCCCUGGUAGGGGCAUCCCUGUUCACCAGGUGCCUGUCAUCACCCCACUUGACUGACAUCUACCCUGGUGACUAUGGGUUCCUCUUGUUUGUAGGGAACGGUGGCUCCAGGUGGAGGCAUCAAUCUGUUGGGUUCUGGUUCCCGGCUGCCUUUGGUUUUGAAAGUCUCUUCUCUGUAUAUUCCUACCCUGCAUUUGCUUUGUGUGGUGCUGAUGCUGUGCGCAGUAGGAUUCUUGGAUGACUCUCCAUCAGUCACAGACUCCCCCUGUUGCAAAGUGUCAGGCUGACUCGACAGUCACCGUAAAAUCUGAGUCAGUCACACACAGGCUGUCAGCCACGGCUUCCACUUGCAUGGCUAUUCUAUUUUCACACGUGAGUUUCUGUUGCUGGCUGGCUGACUGGCAUUAUCUAUGCUAAGUUGAAAUCAGGGGUGCCCAGCAGAGCCCAUCAUUCUCACUGUCUUUGAAACAAAGCUGUACGGUUUGAUCGAUGAACGUAUUUAAAGCAUUUCAUGCAAUGACAAAGUGCUCAGUAGUGGAAGGCAGGCUGUGACCAGUCUGCCUGCUCCUUACUAUAAUUGUGAGGAUUUGUUACUGGAACAGUACAUGGAGGCCUGACCUUGUGGGGGCACAGGGUGGAACCUUAGCUGAAUAUAGUGUGUGUCUCAAGAGGAAGUCAGGGUACUAGCUCAGUGCUCAAUCUCCAGGUACUAUAUAUACAUUUGCCCGUUUUAUCUCUAAUGUGAAAUAAAUCCCCAAACACUUGUUUAUCGUGUAGCGUACCUAAAAGACUAUUCUAUUAUGGGUGUCCCCACUUUCUUGGUUUGGUCACCCCGAUCCCCCGGUCUUCUGCUGUAUCUAGAACAGUGACUAUAAAUGAUGUAUGGGAAUAGUGUUUCCAUAUGAUCUGUUGUCUGGAGUAUAUGCUACAUGUUCAUUUACUGUACAAAAACCCAGUGCAGCUGAUGAUGCAAAGCAGUCUCUCUCUGUGUACAGUGCCCCACCUAUUUAAAAAUCACGUACUUGCCCAGAACACUGUGAAACACUUAACAUAAGAACAAACGCAGCGUCUGGAUUCUUUCCAAGGAGAGCAGCUUUCUCCACAGGAACACAGUAACAAAAGAGGUCCGCCGCCAUCCACACCCAGCCAAGACACCUCAGAGGCCAUAGGGACAACCUCCUUGCUGGCCAACACCUGCUGGAGCAGGGGCACAGGUCCCAGCAACUGAUCCUCAGUGGAUGGGUCUGCAGCCAAAGCCUUAAUGGGCUCUCUUUUGAAGGGGAAAGAAAGAAUUUCAAGCUUAUGAUAUCCAACAUUAUUAUAGUUGAUGAGUUAGUAAAUUCCAAAAAAAAAAGAUGAUUUUAUAUGUAUGACAUAAAAAAAAUCUUUGUAAAGUGCGCAAGUGCAAUAAUUUAAAGAGGUCUUAUCUUUGCAUUUAUAAAUUAUAAAUAUUGUACAUGUGUGUAAUUUUUCAUGUAUUCAUUUGCAGUCUUUGUAUUUAAAAAAACUUUACUGUUAUGUUUGUAUAAUAGAACAUUAAUCAUUUAUUAUAACUCAGACAAGGUGUAAAUAAAUUCAUAAUUCAAACAGCCAGUAUAUAUGCAUAUAUGGGUGUUACAUUGCAAAAAUCUCUAUCUUUGUUCUAUUCACAUGCUUAAAGAAGUAAGAAAUCUUUUGUGGAUAUGUAAUUAUACAUAUAAAGUAUAUAUAUAUGUAUGAUACAUGAAAUAUAUUUAGAAAUGUUCAUAAUUUUAAUGGAUAUUCUUUGGUGUGAAUAAUUGAAUACAACAUUUUUAAAAUAUCA